CCGUAUCGACAGAAUGUUGUUGUUUACCUCUUUUUAAACCGCUUUUCCCUCUAUCUGGAAUAACAUCCGAACCAUGAACGUUUCCAUUGAAUGCUUGUCACAAUUGUUACCGGGACAUCUGGUGAGACGUCUUCGGGAAGCAAAUUGCACUGGCACGACGUAUUCGGUUCUUGCGACUACAGAUGAAAAAUUCAAAGAACUUAAUUUUACGACAUUGGAAGUGCUGGAAAUACGAAAUGCUGUUUCACAAUUUGUAAUGCCCCGUCAUCAACCAUUAACGAGUGCAGAGUGCAUAGCGAUUGGAAAGUGGAAACGGAUUACAAGUGGCUGCAGGGCUAUCGAUAGAAUACUUGGCAACGGUAUAUCGACUGUUGGAAUAACUGAAAUAUGCGGAGAGGCUGGUAGUGGAAAGUCCCAGCUAUGUUUGCAAUUGGCUGUAACGGUUCAACUUCCCGAAUAUCUAGGUGGACUGGGACGAGGUGCGGUUUAUAUCAGUACGGAAUCUUCAGUGCCGGUAUCAAGGACCUUCGAUAUUGCUCAACAUUUCAAGAAGCAGCACGGUGGUCAGGUGGAUCACAUCAAUUUCAGCGACAACAUUUUCAUCAAGGAAGUGCUCACUGAGAAUUUUCCCUUGAAUUACAGUGAUCCGAUCAAUUCGAAGUGUCUUGGAUCGAAUGAUCUUUCGCAGACGGAGCUACUCGAAUGUGUAAAUCAUGGUCUACCAAUUCUGAUGAACCGUAGUCGCGUUGGCCUAUUAAUAAUUGAUUCGAUUGGCGCAGUAUUUCGGAUCGCAAGUAAUUAUAUCGCAAGAGCUGAACAAAUGAGAGACUUGUGUGAGGCUCUACUCAAACUGUCCGAAAAACAUCGUUGUGCUGUGGUAUGCGUUAAUCAGAUGUCGGCUGUCAUCAAUAGUAAAACGUCCGCAUCACCCGAAAAUCAGAACGUUCCAUGUCUCGGUUUAUUGUGGGCAAAUUUGGUCACCACACGACUGCAAAUUCAUCACAACAGUAGGACGUUGGAUGAAAAUUCACAAUCAACAUUACAGCCGGUUCGGAAGAUUAGAGUGAUGUUCGCACCCGAUCUGAGACAAGACUCGGCAGAAUUCAUAAUUACAUCGAACGGAGUUAAUGAUAUCAAGUAACGUAAGAUCUGAAAUAAGAUUUUCUUCUUUCCACAUUUUGUUUAAACAUUUGGUUACCGUGUACCUUGUACCUUUUAGUGAAUACUGUGAUUGUACCUAACAUGUUUUAGAAUAAAUAAUUAAAUUAACCUGUCA